CGAAUAUUUACGUAUGGGGUGAGAUGGACCCCGAGGGUUCCAUCUCACCCCUUACUCUAAAUAUUUUACAAACACUUAGCAUUUUCUUUCCUUUUUCCUUGUAGAUGCCCCGGAAAUACGUGAGAAUAAGUAAUAGAGGGGGAUGGAAUACAGAAGCAAUGCAGAAUGCAAUAUCUGCAGUUAAAGAAAAAAAGAUGGGUGUGAAAGCAGCCUCCAAGGAAUUUAAUGUCCCCAAGACUACUCUACGUCGCCGCGUUAAAGAGAAAAAUAAGAUAGCAACCGGUUCGACAAAGAUGCUUGGUCCUCUCACGACGGUAUUCAGUAAUGAACAAGAAGAAGAGUUGGUUGCUCACAUUUUAUCGAUGGAAGAUCGAUUUUUUGGACUUACUACAAGGGAUGUUCGCUACAUUGCAUUCCAAGCAGAGGAGAGGAAUAACUUGGACCACAAAUUUAACAAAACGGUUGGACUUGCAGGUAAAGACUGGUUAUUGGGCUUCCUACGGCGCCACCCACAACUUUCAAUUCGGACCCCAGAACCAACUUCUGCUGCUCGAGCAAGAUGCUUCAAUCAGACAAAUGUGGACAAGUUCUUCGACAUCUUAUCCUUAGUUCAGGAAGGCCACUUCUUUCCUCCACACAGGAUUUUCAAUGUGGAUGAGACAGGUAUUACAACGGUGCAGACAAAACCUACAAAAAUCCUUGGUCAGCGUGGGAAAAAACAGAUUGGCAGUCUGACUUCUGCUGAAAGAGGAGUUCUAGCUACAGCAGUUUGCUGCAUGUCAGCUGGAGGGCAGUUUCAUGUUUUCGGAGAAGCUGCAUUUUUACCUGCCCACCCAACAGACUUUCCAUUAAAUGCUGAUCAGGAAGAGGAAGAUCUGAACGACCAUGUCGCCCCUCCUAUCACGGUCACUGAGAAUGAACCUGAAUUGGAAGUAGCUGACAUAUCGGAAAACUCAUGUGCUGUUCCUGAAAAACCAAGUCUGUUCAGGCCAGGUAGUUCACCCAAGGAAAUUGUUCCCUUGCCAAAGGUGGCCAUAACGACACGAAAGGAAAGACCUAGGGCUCAAGGGAGACCCCUCAACAUGACAGGAUCCCCAUACAAGAAUGAGCUCGAGACAGAAAUUCAGAAGAAAAAAGAAAAAGAGGUCAGUCUAGCAAAGAAGCAAAAAGAAAGAGAAGCCAAAAAUAAAACAGCAAUCAUAUCAAAGCAACUACGACGUGAAAAAGGAUCAUCCAUUUCAAUAGCUAAACAGCUAUAUGAAGAGGAGAUGGAACUGUUCGCUCAGUAUUGCAGUGACCUUUAA